GAUAGAUGCAAAGGAGGGAGAGAGAGCGUUAGCGUUGUAUAAAUUCCCAACUCCUCCGCUCUUCAUCCCAAACAGUCUCUAUCAUUAUUUUCAUCGCAAAAUUUUUUAAAAAGACCAAUCAAUUCGAUCCAAAGAAGGCCGAUAACUCUCACCAUAUCCUUUUUAUACAGUUUCAAUAAGAUCUGAUGAUAUUAGCGUUUGGAAACGAGACCAGCUGUUUAAGCGGAGAUCGGAACGAUGGCGGAGUCUGCCAAUGGAGAUCAUCAGCACACCAUCACGAGGCCGCCUCCGACCCCUUCUCCUCUGCGAUUUUCCAAAUUCUUUCAGGCUAAUCUGCGGAUCUUGGUUACCGGGGGUGCCGGAUUUAUUGGGUCUCAUCUUGUUGACAAGUUGAUGGAAAACGAGAAACACGAGGUUAUUGUUGUGGAUAACUAUUUUACUGGUUCAAAAGAUAACCUCAAAAGGUGGAUUGGGCACCCAAGAUUUGAGCUUAUCCGACAUGAUGUUACGGAACCAUUGCUGGUAGAGGUUGAUCGGAUCUAUCAUCUUGCUUGCCCCGCUUCUCCAAUUUUCUACAAAUACAACCCUGUAAAGACCAUAAAGACAAACGUCAUUGGCACGUUGAACAUGUUGGGGCUUGCAAAGAGAGUUGGAGCAAGGAUCUUACUCACAUCAACCUCAGAGGUUUAUGGUGAUCCUCUCGAGCAUCCCCAAAAGGAAGAGUACUGGGGAAAUGUUAACCCAAUUGGAGUAAGGAGCUGCUAUGAUGAGGGGAAGCGUGUGGCAGAGACUUUGAUGUUUGAUUAUCACAGGCAGCAUGGCAUAGAAAUUCGAAUUGCUAGAAUUUUUAAUACAUACGGACCAAGGAUGAACAUUGAUGAUGGUCGCGUAGUGAGUAACUUCAUAGCUCAAGCACUCCGAGGUGAACACUUAACAGUUCAAGCACCAGGAACACAAACUCGAAGUUUCUGUUAUGUUUCCGACAUGGUACAUGUUCUGUUUCUUUCUAUAAGUUUCAGAGCUGUUUGGUCAUGUAUGAUGUGGUUAUUUGAUUAUUUAACUGGUUUAAUCCUGAAGGUUGAUGGCCUUAUUCACCUGAUGGAAGGAGAUCACACUGGUCCAAUCAACAUCGGAAACCCAGGUGAAUUUACAAUGAUGGAGCUUGCAGAAACUGUGAAGGAGUUGAUUGAUCCAACAGUGGAAGUGAUGAUUGUGGAGAAUACACCUGAUGAUCCACGUCAAAGGAAGCCUGAUAUCACAAAGGCCAAGGAACUGCUUGGCUGGGAGCCCAAGGUAACAUUACGUGAGGGUCUGCCACUCAUGGAAGAGGAUUUCCGUCAGCGUCUUGGUGUACCCAAAAGCCAAAACAAUUGAAGCCCCAUGGUUUUCUAGCUUUAGAUUGACUGCAUUUAGUCUGUAUUUUUGCAAGAAUAUGCAUGUUGGAUCUCUUCAUAAUAACUAUUGCGUCUAUCUAAUGAACAGAUACGUGCAUUUUCAGCACUGGGUCAGGGGAAUACAUUCUUAAUCUCGCAACAAGCUUGUAUUGAGAUGAGUCAUGCAUCAGUUAUAAUGAAGAAGCAAAGCAUGAAAUUUUUAAAA